AUGGUGUUCCUAAGUCUCUCUCAUUUGGUUAUCAUUUCAGAUUUUAGUAAGUCUGCCAGUUGUUAUGUCAGAGGAAGAUGCUGCCAGCUGUUUUGUAUUGAUGUUUCUUCUGAACAAAGGCAGAUUUUAGUGUCAUCUAAUGCUUACCUAGCCUCUUUUUUAAAAGAACAUAUCUGGGAAGCAGAUAUCUUGGGAAGAAUUCCACUGAGGAGUGAUGCACAUGUAUGUUUUAGAGUGCAUUCUAGUGUGAAUAGGCCAUUAAGGGAGGAUACUCGUGAAACAGUAUUGGCAAUCUGUUACUCGGGAUGCUUUUAG